AUGUUUCUCGCCAAGAGGAAUCAGAUCAACCCACAAGGCCAUGGCCGUCUGUCCGGCGAGGGACACGAGAAGGUCAAGCUUGUGCUGAGCGACAAGCUGCCGCCGGACCCAUGGUUGGGUGGGGAAAAGAGGCACCCGCACAACCAUGCGCAGGGUGUUGCGGCGAAAGUAGAGCAGGCACUCAGCCUAGCGCUGAAGUGGCCAGCGCCCAUGCAGCGCAAAUCAGAGGGCCAGCCUGUGAUUGACCAGUUGCAGAAAUGGGUUUCAAUGAAGAAGAAUCAGUUGUUUGAAUCAUGCAUGAAGGUAUCAGGGAUUCUCAUCACAAAGUCGCAGCUGGCGGCGCAUACUUGA